GGUAAAACCCGCCUGUACUAGAAGACAUCCAGACUAAGUGCAUUUGUAUGAGGAUCGCACUGACCGGAUCUGUCGCCUUGGCCUUGCACAAUACUAGACUGUGAUUGAGUGAUUGCUCGUGGGAAAUCGACGAUCGGAUUGUGGAGAAGGCCCGCACGGUAUUGACGCGCCACUGACACCUGAAUCGUGCCCAAUUAGUAGUGCAGGCAAAAUCGAGGGGCUACCAACGCCCGGUCCCGCAUAGCCCGCACCCCAGCAGCUAUGUACGGACUGCUUCUCGAGAAUCUUUCCGAAUAUAUAAAAAGCGUCUACGGGGAGGAAAAGUGGGAUGACAUACGCCGACAGACCGGUAUCUCGUCGCCGUCGUUCAGCGUGCACGAUGACUACGACGAAAAUCUGCUCAACCAACUGGCGGCGAAGGCGCAAGAAAUCCUCGGAAUUUCGGAACGUGACUUCAUGGACCAGAUGGGCGUUUAUUUUGUCAACUUCGUCAGCCAGUACGGGUACGACCGGGUGCUAUCGGUGCUGGGCCGGCACAUGCGUGACUUUCUGAAUGGCCUGGAUAAUUUGCACGAAUAUCUGAAGUUUUCCUACCCGUUGAUGCGUGCACCGAGCUUCAUCUGCGAGAACGAAACGCGCCACGGCCUAACGCUGCACUACCGCACCAAGCGCAAGGGUUUCGUCUUCUACACAAUGGGACAAAUUAGAGAGGUGGCACGUCACUUCUACCACAAAGAAAUGCAAAUUGCCCUGGUCAAGUCCAACCUGCUCGGCGAAACCAAUCACUACACGUUUCAGCUGACGUUCGACAACCGGGCGUUUUCGCUGGCCACGCUAGCCAUGACGCGGGAGGAAAAACACUUGCCCAUCAGCGCGUCGGUGUUGUUCGAGAUUUUCCCGUUCUGCAUCGUGUUUGGAGCCGAUAUGGUGGUACGCAGCAUUGGCAACUCAUUGAUGGUCAUCGUACCGGAUCUUCUGACGAAAAAGAUCACCGAUUGGUUCGAGCUGAGACGGCCUCUGAUAUCUUUCAAGUUCCAAACGAUACUCAACCGCACAAACAACAUCUUCGAACUAGUCACCAUGGAGUCGGUCAAAAAGCGACCGGAAAACCAAAGAAAGACUGAAAUCUUCCUCAGUGAUCAGGAGCAGCAGGAGGAAGUGGAGAAACAUCUAAGGCUCAAAGGUCAAAUGAUCUACAUGGAAAACUGGCGUAUGAUAAUGUUCCUCGGUACGCCGGUUAUGCCCAAGCUGUCCUCGCUCAUAAGCACUGGACUGUACAUAAACGAUCUGUCGAUGCACGACUUCAGUAGGGAUCUCAUGCUGGCCGGAACGCAGCAAUCAGUCGAGCUUAAGCUCGCGUUGGACCAGGAGCAGCAGAAGUCCAAGAAGUUGGAGGAAUCGAUGCGCAAAUUGGACGAGGAAAUGCGCCGUACCGAUGAGCUGCUGUAUCAGAUGAUACCGAAACAGGUGGCCGAUCGACUGAGACGAGGCGAAAACCCGAUCGAUACCUGCGAGAUGUUCAACAGUGUGUCAAUUCUGUUCUCGGAUGUGGUCACGUUCACCGAAAUUUGCAGUCGCAUUACUCCGAUGGAGGUGGUAUCGAUGUUGAAUGCUAUGUAUUCGAUAUUCGAUACGCUCACGGAGCGAAACAAUGUAUAUAAGGUUGAGACUAUUGGCGAUGCCUAUAUGGUCGUUUCUGGUGCUCCUGAGAAGGAACAGAACCAUGCAGAAAAAGUUUGUGAUAUGGCUUUGGAUAUGAUCGAAGCUAUUACUGAUCUUAAGGACCCUUCAACUGGAUCUCAUUUAAGGAUACGGGUGGGUGUACACUCUGGUGCUGUGGUAGCGGGCAUCGUAGGGCUCAAGAUGCCUCGUUAUUGCCUUUUUGGUGAUUCUGUAAAUACGGCCUCACGGAUGGAGUCCACUAGUCAAGCGAUGAAAAUUCACAUAUCACAGUCAACGAAAAACUUCUUGCCCCCAAACUAUCAUGUCUCUGAGCGGGGUGAAAUUGAUGUCAAGGGAAAAGGCACGAUGAAAACGUAUUGGUUGGAUCGCAAGGAAAAUCGCUCUCCGUUGCAGCUUUUGUCGCAGGAAAUAAAACAGCCUUCGAUUGAGUACAUCGAAUCGAGUAAAGAUCGCCGAGUCAGCAUAUCAACUUACAGUAUCCCGCACAAGCAGUCUAGUGGAGGUUUGAGCUCUGCAGGUACAGAAGAUCGACGAGUUUAUUCACCCGUGACGUUCGAGGACGUUGCCAGGCGAAGUAUCGCCAAUUCUCCGGUCAAGCUACACAGCUUUGGGCCACGUGGACGGGAAAAUCGAUCAAAUUCCAUGGGACAUGCUUUCAUGCAUAGCGUUUCGGAUGUCUUUGGAUCGCUGGUUAGCGAUACCGAGGACUUUUUAGAAGAUAUGCACCACCGAAAUUCGAUCAGCAAUACCAACUAUACACCAUCGACUCCAUCAUCCUGCGCUUUUAGUCCACCGCCCGCUUUUCGAUCGAAGUCGAAACCUUACGUGGCGGGACAAUUCUCAGAAGAGGAGCUGGAUCUUCUCUCAAACACAACCAAUUCACCGUCAGCCCGGAGUUUUGUCGAUCAUGAAAUAAAGAAAUCGAAUUUGCUCAGCAAACAGCAGAACGUCUCUGUCAGUGAACAGCAGAAAGCAAAGAACCGGAAAGCCAAACUGGAAAGCGUGCAGCAGAAGCAAAACGCAGCUCUUCAAAAGCUGGACAAGAUGGUUCAGGACAUCUAUGAAACAGAUCUGCCCGGAAUGUGCUUUAUGAACCCACCCACAUCUCGGUCGGAUGGCAACAUUUGCAAGUCCAACUGUAGUAGAUCUCAGGCACCUCCUUCUCCUCCUCCUGAUGCUGCUACUGCGGCCGUUUCUCAACCAGCACAAUCGGCUUGUGAACACACACGUACCCUGCCACAGCCCUGUCCUGGGUGUGGUGGCUCGGCUCCGGCCGGCGGCACCGGUUCCAAUAGGGUACCCCAAAGUGUUAGCUUCACCCAUGCCAAAGAGCACAAAUGCUGCCCAAACUAUCCGGGUAUGGUUCAACACCACCAGAAUGGGCGCCACCACAAAGUGCAUUCCAAUGCUUGUCAGUUGCUCUAGAGCUCGGGGCGGGGCUUGUUAUUAGAACGGGGUGGCUGCGCGGUGCUAAUUCUUCGAGGCAUUAUUGGGAUAUCUGGAAUAUCCCGAGUAUAUAAAGAGAGCACCGUAGCAAUAGUUUUGUAGAUCUAUUUAUUUUAUCUUAGGAGUAGACGAUGAGUGAGUGUAUAUAGAGUGUGAAUGGCUGGUUGGUUUGGUAAUGCGAAGGUAGGGAAAAGAUGACCGAAUGGUGGAUUUAUUCACAUUGUUUUUAGUUGACUUUAUAAAAAAUAUGAAUGUAAUAUUGAAGGUCCUAAGUCAAUCUUUCCGAUAUUCACAGAUUUUCGCAGCAGGGACUAGCACAUUGGAAUCAUACUUACACUCAAACCUUUUUACGGCACUUCUUUAUACGUCACUCCAUUUUACGUCCACUUUUCACGGCACGUGUGUUUGAACAAUUAUAAGAUUUUUUUCUUCCAUUUACUGCCAAUAGA